ACCCUUCUCCCCUGCGUGACAAAACCCUAGGGAGACAAAGCGCGCGAAACUCCAUCAGUUUCCUCAGAAACUCAGCUAAGCUCGAAAAUGCCAGAGCUUCCAGAGGUAGAGGCAGCUCGACGAGCCAUCGAGGACAACUGCAUUGGCAAGAAAAUUGUGAAAGCUAUCAUCGCCGACGAUCCCAAGGUCAUCGACGGCGUGUCUCCUGUGGAUUUCAAGGCAUCUCUUGAGGGAAAAACUAUCGUAGCUGCAAAUCGCAAAGGGAAAAACAUGUGGAUUGAGCUCGAUUCCCCUCCUUUUCCUACUUUCCAGUUCGGAAUGGCGGGUGCUAUAUAUAUCAAGGGAGUUGCAGUUACAAAAUAUAAACGGUCUGCGGUAAAAGAUGAUGAUGAGUGGCCUUCCAAGUAUUCAAAGGUUUUCCUUGAGUUGGAUGAUGGUCUGGAGCUUUCAUUUACGGAUAAGAGGCGGUUUGCCAGGGUUCGCUCAUUGGAGGAUCCGGUUUCUGUUCCUCCAAUAUCUGAGCUUGGUCCUGAUGCACUGUUGGAGCCGAUGACUGUAGACGAGUUCUAUAAAGCUUUGAGUAAGAAGAAGAUUGGCAUUAAGGCAUUACUACUUGACCAGAGUUUUAUUUCAGGAAUUGGCAACUGGAUUGCGGAUGAAGUGUUAUAUCAGGCAAGAAUCCAUCCUAUGCAGUCUGCUUCAAGCAUAUCCAAAGAGGACUGUGCAACAUUGCUGAAGUGCAUCAACGAGGUCAUCAAAAAAGCUGUGGAAGUUGGGGCAGAUAGUAGUCAGUAUCCUACUAAUUGGAUUUUCCAUUCCCGGGAAAAGAAACCUGGCAAGGCCUUUGUUGAUGGGAAGAAAAUAGAAUUCAUCACGGCAGGUGGCAGGACAUCAGCCUUUGUUCCAGAGCUACAAAAGAAUACGGGGGCUGAAUCUGCAAAAGCGGCAGGUAAACGGCAACAGGUCAAAGUUCAGAAAAUCAAGCAUAACGAUAGUGAUAGUCAAGAUGAAGAGCCAGAAAUUGAAGAGACAGCAGCUGGGAAGUCAAAGGUGAAGCAGCGUGGGACAAAUACUAAGAGAGCUUCUACUAACAAGAAGUCAAAAGAAAGCUACAGUGACGAUGAAAAUGAUAGUGAUGAAGCUCCAAAGAAAUCUGGAAAAGCAAAACAAAACAAAAGCUCCAAGGGAAAAGGUGGUGAUCAAAAGAAUAAAACUAGAGGAACAAAGACGGCUGCAAAAAGAAAACUAGAGGAAAGUGAUGAUGAGGAAGACACCGACGAUAAUGAUGCUAGUGGGGAUGAUGAUGAUAGUGAACAGGACAAGGAUCAAAAGCUUUCUAGUAAAACACAAUCAAAGGGGAAGAACCACCAAGCAAAUGGCUGAACCAAGGCAGACUAGGAACAAGCCGUCCAAGAAGCAGAAAUAACUUAUCAUCCAAGUAUCAGGUUUGCGAUUUUGUCAACUUAAAGGAAGUGGCAACAGUUAUGCUUUGUGUUCGGACUACAAGUUUGUAAUCGCCCGUGAAUAGUUACUAAAACAGUACGAUGACAUGACUGUUAAUAUUUCACCAACGGUUUAGGCUAAGGUUCACUGUGGGAUGUAUGAUGCAAACUUCUGAACUAUCCUUAGGAAAACAUUAAU